UUUUGGUGUUUUUAUAUUGUGACUUGGAUUUUUUAAUAUUGUGAAUUAAAAUGACUGGAAGACUUUCCAGAAAACUUUCUCCAUCCCUUAUAAAUGUAGCACGAAGGGCAUAUUCUACAUCCAAUGAUGUACCUCAUUCUACGGAGAGGAAUUAUUCUACAGAAAGGCCUUAUUCUACAUCUGUAGGUUUAGCAGAAAUGUUCGAAGAUGAUACGGUUUUUGAAAGAACUGUGGAGCGGGUGGAUUCCAUUAAACCAUAUUCCGAAAUUCCAGGACCAAAGGAAUUACCCAUAUUGGGUAAUUCAUGGAGAUUUGCUCCUCUUAUUGGGCAUUACAAAAUACACGAGCUGGAUAAAGUGAUGUGGUCGUUGAGAAAAGAAUAUGGAAGGAUUGUAAAGGUGGGCGGUCUGAUUGGUCAUCCAGAUCUUCUGUUUGUUUUUAACGGUGACGAUAUUCAAAAAGUGUUCAGAAGAGAAGAAGCUAUGCCUCAUAGACCCCCCAUGCCCUCCUUGCAUUAUUACAAACAGCACUUGCAGAAGGAUUUUUUUAAAGGAAACGAGGGUGUAAUUGGAGUACACGGUCCAAAAUGGGACAAUUUUAGGAAACAAGUUCAGCAAAUUUUGUUGCCUCCAGCCACUGCCAAAAAGUAUAUUGAACCCUUAGAUAUAAUUGCAGGAGAGUUUUUAGACAGAAUGGAAAAUAUGCUGGAUUAUGAAAGAGAAUUGCCUGAAAAUUUCUUGUCUGAAAUAUACAAAUGGGCCUUGGAAUCUGUAGCCAGAGUUUCCCUAAACACAAGACUGGGUUGCUUGGAACCCAAUUUGGACAGCAACUCUGAAUCGCAAAGAAUAAUUGAUUCCAUAAACACGUUCUUUUGGAAUGUAGCCGAAGUCGAAUUGAAAAUGCCAGUUUGGAGGGUUUACAAGAAUAAGUCUUUCAGAAAAUACAUUGGAGCUUUGGAGGAUUUCAGAACCAUGUGUCUUAAAUAUAUUACGCAAAAUAUGGAAAAAAUGGAAAACAAAAACUAUGACAACAUUAAAGAGGAAGAUAUUUCAAUAGUGGAGAGAAUUUUGAGAAAAACUGGAAAUCCAAAGUUAGCUGCAGUACUUGCUCUAGAUUUAUUAUUGGUUGGAGUAGAUACUACCUCUAUAGCUUUGGCAUCCACGAUAUACCAACUAUCGCAAAACCCUGAACAACAAGAAAGGUUAUUUAGGGAACUAGAACAAGUCUUGCCAACGAAAGAUUCCAAAGUAGACCAAAAAGUGCAAGAGAAUAUACCAUAUCUAAAAGCUUGCAUAAAAGAGACUUUAAGAAUGUACCCAGUUAUCAUAGGAAACGGCCGAAACCUCCAAUCAGAUACAAUCCUAGCAGGUUACAAAGUACCAAAAGGCACUCACGUAAUUUUCCCUCAUUUGGUUGUAAGUAAUACCGAGGAUUACAUCACUGAACCGAGCAAAUUUAUGCCUGAAAGAUGGCUGAAAUCCUGUGCAACAGGUUGUCCAGUCCAUGGCAAAAAAAUACAUCCUUUUGUAUCCCUACCUUUUGGUUACGGUAGGAGAUCUUGUUUAGGGAGAAGAUUUGCAGAGACAGAAUUAAAUAUUAUGCUAGCAAAAAUUUUUAGGAAAUACAAAGUUGAAUAUAAAUACGGGCCCCUAACCUACAAAAUAACUCCGACUUACGUUCCCGAGCAGCCUCUCAAGUUUAAACUAACUGAAAGAAGUUAGCUUAUUAGUUAUAUACACCAAACAGCAUUAAUUAAUUAGUUUUAAGGUCAUUAUUACCAUCACACUCACACCAUAUAUUAAUUGGUACCUGAUUUGUAAAAUGUUUCACCUUAGAUUAAGAAUUACAUUUUUGUUAUUUAGGUUUAAAAUGAUUUAAUAAAUAUUAUUUUAUGUA